AUGGCUAAUUCGAAUUACUGCUGCAGCACACCUCAAAUUCCUUCCCCAACAACUACAACAUCAGGACAACAGCAAGAGAAUUAUGUUUCAUCUUUUCUUCAUGAUCAUCACUACCACUGUGAAUCCUUUGAUCACCCAUUUCCAGGUUUGGUAGGAGCAGAGAUGACGGAGCUAUGGUCUAGUCGUGCAGACGAAUGUAAGGCUGAAAAUGGUGUAGAAGAUCAUGAUGCAAACAUCAACAACCAAGUGAAAACGGGGAGGAGGAAAAGACGGUUAUCUAGUGAACAAGCAGAUGCGUUGGAGAGGAGUUUCCAAGAGGAGAUAGAGCUGGAACAACAACCGGGCACUACACUGGAUGAAAGGAAGAAUAAGGUAAAGCUGGAACCUGAAAGGAAAAUGAGGUUGUCUAGAGAAUUAGAGCUGCAUCCUCGCCAAAUAGCAAUAUGGUUUCAAAAUCGACGAGCCAAACUAAAAAGAAAGAAAAUCGAACAACUAUACAAUGUACUUCAGCAGGAUUUCGAAAUUGUCGCAAGGGAAAACCAGCAUCUUCAGGAAGAGGUUAUGAAAUUAAAAAGCAAGCUUGACAAUCGCGAGACAAUGCAAGCUUCUACACGGUACGAAGCACAAGCGUCACCAGCGGAAGCUAAUGGUGAUAAAGUUGCCACUGAAAUCACAAGGUUGUCUGCCGCUAUCCAAUCCACAGACGAUAUACAAGGAAGAACCAGCGAUUCAAACCAUAUAUCAGAGUACAGUACUUACUUGUUCGACAAUGAGAACUAUUAUUCAACAACCUCCCUACCUUAUUGGGAUGUUUCCCAGGGUUAUCCCAAAUUCCAGUGA